GGACCAUCUGACUCAUCAGAUGAGGAACUGAGCUGAGCCUGGUGUAAAACUAGCUGGUUUGCAAGAGAAGCGCUGACAUGUGUGGAAUCUUUGCCUAUCUGAACUACCAUGUGCCACGGACUCGCCGGGAGAUCCUGGAGAUCCUCCUCAAAGGCCUGCUUCGUCUGGAGUACCGUGGCUAUGACUCUGCCGGUGUUGGAAUUGAUGGAGGGAACAGCAAGGAAUGGGAGGCCAAUGCCCGGUCUAUUCAGCUGAUCAAGCAGUCCGGAAAAGUGAAGGCUCUUGACGAUGAGCUCACAAAGCAGCAGGACAUGGACAUGGAUGUGGAGUUUGAUGUCCACCUUGGCAUUGCCCACACUCGCUGGGCUACCCAUGGUGCCCCCAGCCCUGUCAACAGCCACCCACAAAGGUCUGACAAGAGCAACGAGUUCAUUGUCAUUCAUAAUGGAAUUAUCACAAACUACAAAGACCUGCAGAAAUUCCUGGAGAGCAAGGGUUAUGAGUUUGAGUCUGAGACGGACACAGAGACCAUUGCCAAGCUGGUAAAGUACAUGUAUGACAACCGUGAGAGUGAAGACCUCAGCUUUGCUACUCUGGUGGAGAGAGUGACCCAGCAGCUGGAAGGAGCGUUUGUCCUGGUCUUCAAGAGUGUCCAUUACCCAGGAGAGGCUGUAGGCACCCGGAGGGGAGGUCCUCUGCUUAUUGGGGUGAAAAGUGACCACAAGCUGUCCACAGAUCACAUUCCUAUCCUGUACCGAUCAUCUGGCAAGGACAAGAAGGGCUGCCCCACCCUGCCCAGGAUGGAGCAGGACACCUGCCACACGCUCUUCGCUGAGGAAAAGAAGUCUGUGGAGUACUACUUUGCCUCUGAUGCCAGCGCAGUGAUUGAGCACACCAACCGUGUGAUCUUCCUGGAGGAUGAUGACGUGGCAGCAGUGACGGCCGGACGGCUCACCAUCCACCGCAUCAAGCGUACAGCCGGAGACCACCCUGCCCGCGCCAUCCAGACCCUGCAGAUGGAACUGCAGCAGAUCAUGAAGGGGAACUACAGCUCCUUUAUGCAGAAGGAGAUCUUUGAACAGCCAGAGUCUGUGGUUAACACCAUGAGAGGAAGGGUCAACUUCAAUGACAACACAGUAACCCUGGGUGGACUGAAGGAUCACAUUAAAGAGAUCCAGAGGUGUCGACGGCUCAUCCUCAUUGCCUGUGGCACCAGCUACCAUGCUGGGGUGGCGACUCGCCAGGUACUGGAGGAGUUGACAGAGCUGCCUGUUAUGGUGGAGCUGGCCAGCGACUUCCUGGAUAGAAACACACCAGUGUUCCGUGACGACGUCUGCUUCUUCAUCAGCCAAUCAGGCGAGACAGCAGACAGCCUGAUGGCCCUGCGCUACUGUAAGGAGAGAGGAGCCCUGACGGUGGGCGUCACCAACACAGUGGGCAGCUCCAUCUCCAGAGAGACAGACUGUGGGGUGCACAUCAACGCUGGGCCAGAGAUAGGAGUGGCCAGCACCAAGGCCUACACCAGUCAAUUUGUGGCUCUGAUCAUGUUUGCACUGUUGAUGUGCGACGACAGGAUUUCCAUGCAGCCACGGCGAUGUGAGAUCAUCCAGGGCCUGAGAGUUCUGCCAGAUCUGAUAAAGGAGGUGCUUAGUCUGGAUGAUGAGAUCCAGAGGCUGGCAGCAGAGCUGUACCAGCAGAAGAGUGUUCUCAUCAUGGGCCGAGGCUACCACUAUGCCACCUGCCUUGAGGGAGCACUGAAAAUCAAGGAGAUCACAUACAUGCACUCAGAGGGCAUCCUGGCCGGGGAGCUGAAGCACGGGCCUCUGGCCCUAGUCGACAAACUCAUGCCCGUCAUCAUGAUCAUCAUGAGAGACCACACCUACACCAAGUGUCAGAAUGCACUGCAGCAGGUGGUGGCCCGCGCGGGCCGACCCAUCGUGAUCUGUGACAAAGAUGACUACGAGACUGCCAAGAGCUCGAGCCGCACCAUCAAAGUGCCGCACUGUGUGGACUGUCUGCAGGGCAUCCUGAGUGUCAUCCCCCUGCAGCUGCUCUCCUUCCACCUGGCUGUGCUCAGGGGCUUUGACGUGGAUUGCCCAAGGAACCUGGCCAAGUCUGUGACUGUAGAGUGAAACGCGUCCUUUUGAAGAUCCAAAAACCCAUUUCAGAAACUUUCCUGUUUUGUGUGUCAUGGCUCUUUUUAAUGCAAUUGUUACUCUGGUACACUAAACAUGUACUGUAUCUGUCUCUUUUCUCAAAACACACAUCUGAAGACAUUGUUAUAUCAUAGAUAUAAUUUUUUUUUUUGGGGGGGGGGGUCAGUGGUGGGAAGGGUUGGCAGUAAAUGUUGGCAUUUGGGUGCUACCAUGGGUUACUGGACUGUAGGCAGUUAAUGAUGAACUGAAGAACUGAAGAAAAGACUGCGCUGUAUCCAUUUUGGAUGAUACACAACAGUGCUCAUAACUUAAAUGUUGGAUACUUGCUGCUGGUUUUACAUUUAAUUCAGCUGUUGUCAAGUCUGCACAUGAAAAUCUUACUGAAGUUUCUGCUUCUUUUUGUGUUUCAUUGGUGCAAUAAUUUGGUCUGAUCUGUUUUCUUUGGCAGCUAGAGAAACAGCUGUCGUUUGAAAUGUUUAUCUGUUACGCUGGUGUGUGUUGAGUAAAUUAUUAAAGGGGCAGGGCAGUUAAGUCACCAUCUUUUUUUUUUUAACACAGGUAGAAAUGACACAUUGUGAAAAUGAAAACACCCUUUUUGGGAAAUAAUGCCUGGAAUUUCAGCUUGUACAGUUGAGCUGGAACCUUUUACCCACAUCAUGAUCUGAUUGAUAAUAGAGCAAUUACUGUUGAUCUGGGUAAAGGGUGGGCUCGAGACCAGACAAUCAGAUAUAUAAAUGCCCACGUGAUCAGACUUAGCAUUUCAAGGGUCAAUGGAGGCUCAGGGACAUAAAUGAUAAAUGUGAUUUUCAUUAAGUACAUUGUCUAAUAAAUCAGUGAUUGAUUUAAA